GGAUUGCAUCAGGUUUAUCGAUUUGCACUUGGAUCAAUUGCUGGAGCAACUGGUGCUACUGCAGUAUACCCUAUUGACUUGGUCAAAACAAGAAUGCAAAAUCAACGUGCUGUACUUGCAGAGGAAAAACUGUACAAGAACAGCUUUGACUGUGCUUUGAAAGUUUUCAGAAAUGAAGGGUUACGAGGAUUUUAUAGAGGUCUUUUGCCUCAGCUUGUUGGAGUAUCCCCAGAAAAAGCCAUCAAACUAACGACCAAUGACAUGGUGCGAGGGUUUUUUAGCGAUAGUGAUGGUUUUAUCAGUCUUCCCUAUGAAAUCAUAGCUGGUGGAUGUGGAGGAGGAGCACAGGUGCUUUUCACUAAUCCUCUAGAGAUUGUCAAAAUUCGCUUACAAGUUGCAGGGGAAGUUGGCCAACGAGUUACUGCCUGGUCAAGCAUCAAGGAACUUGGAUUGACUGGCCUUUAUAAGGGUGCACGUGCAUGUUUUCUGCGUGAUAUUCCAUUCUCCAGUAUUUAUUUCCCAGCAUAUGCUCACUUGAAAUUAUCUCUUGCUGAUGAAAAUGGUCAUAAUGGAGCUGGUAGUUUGUUUGCAUCAGCCAUGAUAGCAGGUGUGCCAGCAGCUUUUCUUGUUACUCCAGCAGACGUUAUUAAAACUAGAUUGCAGGUCAAAGCACGUCGGGGACAACAGACAUAUCGUGGUGUAUUUGAUGCCUUUACUAAAAUCUGGAAAGAAGAAGGUGGCCGUGCCUUUUGGAAGGGUGGUGGUGCACGUGUAAUUCGUUCAUCCCCUCAGUUUGGUGUUACACUAUUGACAUAUGAACUUCUACAAAGGUUGUUUAACGUCAAUUUUGGAGGUUCCACCACCAGUUCUAAAUCAGAUAUGAUACCCACAAACCCUGAUCUCUCUCUAAAUCCUGACCACAUUGGAGGGAUGCGUGUUGCUGUGGCAACGUAUGCUGGCAUUGAGACAAGAUUUGGUCUGUGUCUUCCAAAGUUUCGUACUCCACAGAAAGUGACUUUAAAGAGUGAACAGAAAUGAACAAGAGAACGUGGUAGUUGGUCUGUACUGACCUUAAAGAACUGAUACUCACAAUAUUAAAACAACACUGUCUUCCCAUGUUCACUUUAAAGAGAAGAACACACUUUGUGAAGUCAACAAAAUGUUCUUAUUGCUCUUCAAAUCACUGAACAGGAUAAACUAACACACAGGAAUGGCCAUAGGAAGCCCACAAGUAGAAGACAAAAAUAACCCAAUGCUGGCCCAAGUUGCUAAUUUAGAUUUGUGAUACAAAAACAAUUAUCAAUAUUAAAAUUCAUAUGCAAACUAA